AUGUACACCAAGCAGACUCUCGCUGUCGCCACCUUUGCCGCCGCGGCAUCGGCAAACUUCAUGCCCAUUGCCCGCCGGGACUUUGUCGAGGCCCGCGUGACCGACUCUGGCAACGAUGCCUGCGUGACGGCCCUCGGCCAGAUCCUGCCCAUCUACACCGAGAUCCCCUACCCGCCCAAGGAGCUCCUGACCGUCGCGGUCCCCAACGACCCCUGCGAGACCCCAGACAUUACCGGCUCCCUGGCCGCCGAGUACACGGCCUACACCUCCAAGGUCCUGGGCUGGUACAGCCAGCACAGCGCCGAGCUCCUCAGCGCCCUGACUGGAUGCAGCGAGCUUGCUGGCUACGCUACUGACGUCCCCGUCUGCUCUACUGCCGCUGUUGUUGCCCCUUACCCUACCUCGACUGAGAGCGCUCCUGAGGAGACUGGCUAUGCCUCAUCUGGCUCUGGCUCCUCUGGCUCUUCUGGCUCUAGCUCUGGCGAGUCUUCUGGAUCUUCGGGUUCUUCCGGUUCCUCAGGCUCGGAGUCUGGAGAUGAUUCUUCAUCUGGCUCGGACGAGUCCUCCGGAUCUGGUUCUGAUGAGUCUUCCGGAUCUGGCUCGGAUGAGUCUUCUGGAUCUGGGUCUGACGAGUCCUCCGGUUCGAGCUCUGGCUCUGAUGAAUCUUCCGGUUCAACCUCUGGAUCGGGAUCUGACGAGUCUUCCUCAGGAUCCGAUGAGUCCUCGGGAUCUACGUCUGGAUCUGGAUCUGAUGAGUCGUCUGGCUCUGGUGCCGACUCAUCCGACUCUGGUGCUGAUGCCGGUGCUGGUGCCGGUGCCGAGGAGACCCCCUCCGCCGCAGCAGGUGCCGAGCCCACCGUCACUGGCUUCGACUACAGCAGCAGCACCGCGACCGACAGUGCCAAGCCCACCUACGCCACUGCCGCUGCAGCUCGCGAGACUGGCUUUGCCGCCGGUAUCAUUGCCGCUGCCGGUUUGGCCGUCGCUGUCGCCGUACUGUGA